CCGACGCACGCUUCCGAUGUCGCGCCUCGCGUCGAGCAUCGUCGCCGGGCGCGCGAUUCCCGAGCGCGCCGCCGUCACCGCGCGCGCGCCCGGCCGCGCAUCCGUCCGCCCCAGCGCGCGGCCCCUCCUCCAUCCGCUUCGUCGCUUUUCCACCCGCUUUUCCCCCACCCGCGGCGAGUUGUCGGCGCGCGACGCGGUGCUCGAGCCGCGCGCGGACGCGCCCGGGGCCAAGAAGGUGAAUCCCGAGGACAUCCCGCCCACCGCGCUCCAGUUCAUGGUCGAGAUGUCGUGCGGCAAGUGCGUCGCCGCGGUGGAGUCCGCCGUCGCCGCCGUGCCGGGGGUCGAGGCCGUCACCGGCGCGCUCGAGACCAACACCGUCCGCGUCGUCGCCAGGCUCCAACACGCCGACGACGUCAUCGACGCCAUCACCGGCGCGGGGUACAAGGCGAGGCUCAUCGGCAGCGGCGACGUCGAGGCGUUCGGCGAGGACCUCGCGCGGAGGCUCGGCACCGAUCUUCGGACCCUCCGGCAGUCCCUCGCUGCGGUGGCCGAGUUCAAGGGUAAGGCGUACGGGCACGGCGACGUGACGGGGGUGGUGCGGUUCGUCGCCGUGAACGAGGACACGUGCGUCGUGGAAGGUGCGCUGGAAGGGUUAGUUCCGGGUGCCGCGUACGCGGUGACGGUGAGGCAGUUUGGAGACACCACGCACGGGGUCGCGACAACCGGCGGAGUCUACACAGCUGUGGACGCUUCCGCUGACGCGGACGCUGCUGCUGACGCAGAUAUCGACGCGGCGCGCGCCGCCGGGGACCUCGGCGAGGUCACCGCCGACGCCGACGGCCGCGCGACCGUUCCCAGCAGGGUGGUCGAUUCGAGGGUCAAAGUUUGGGACGUCAUCGGGCGGUCGCUGGCUGUCGUUCGAGCGAACGGGCCCGGCGAAGAGGACGGCGCGGCGGCGGUGCUCGCGAGGAGCGCGGGCGUGGGGGAGAACCUGAAGAGGGUGUGCCACUGCGACGGGACCGUGAUAUUCGAGUCGACGCCCGACGAUUUCAAGCCGUCGUCGGCGUGAAAGCUCCGAAGAGGUAGCGCCAGUCGAAGAGGUGUAAUCAUCCAACAUCAAAUCUGU